AUGGCGGCGCAGCGGCCCACCCAGGUAGAGGGUGGUCAGAAGUGGGCUGCAGUUCUCGCAUCCCUGAAUGUCCCUUUGAAGUCCAACACUGCUAUCUCGGCAUGGCUGUGCAAAUGCCACUGGGGUUUUGUUUUGGCAAUCCUUUCUGGACACUCUGUCCGGCGAGCUGCCACAGAUACCCUGGUCAUUCAACAAAUGCAAAGCGUAGGAACUGCUCGAAAAUGGCAAGCCGCGCUGGUUUUGCUCGGGCAGGUACGCCACAGAAGAGUGAGGCCGAGCCUGGUUCUAAACAAUGUCCUUUUGGCUGCCUUCGCUGUGGAGGAAACAGGUGGAAAUACUUGGCCAGUUGCGUUCCGGAUCCUCCAUAGCAUGUCGGAGCAACACGUGCAGCGUGGUGUAGUUUCUUUCAACAGCAUGGCGAACAGCUUGGAGAAGCAGGGCAUGUGGAAGAAUGUGCUCAGCAUUUCAGAGCUUGCGCAAGGCCGUGGUAUGCGGCGGGAUGCUUUCUCGUGGAGUAAUGUGGCGAACUCCGCUCGCCUAACGAGCAGUUGGGAUGAUGGGCUGAACCUCUUGAAGCAGGUGAGGUGUGCAUCCAUGCAGAUGCAUUUGUUCACAAGCAGCACUCUAAUAACUACGGCAGAGAAGGCCAACAGAUGGCGAGAAGCUUUGGAUAUCUCAACUUGGAUGCUCCGCAAAGAUCUUGAGCUUGAUGCGAUUUCCACUUCUUCCGUGAUCAGUGCUUGUGCUGGUGGCCAGGCAUGGGCCCAUGCACUCCUUAUGUCUCACCGCAGCAGCUCAAUUGUGGCACGCAAUGCUGCAUUAAGCGCCUGUGAGCGAGCAAGGCGAUGGGAGAGGACCUUCUUGCUGCUGGACCUGGCAAUUGCAGCUUCCAUCCGCCCGACCACCAUCUCCUUUAAUGCCGCCGUAUCUGCAUGCGAAAAGGCCCGCCACUGGGACUUGUCGCUGGAGCUUUGUGUUUGGCUGCAGAAGCAAGGCGUCCGUGCCAGCUUGGUGACUCUCAACUCGGUGAUCAGCAACUGUGAGCGCUCACAGAAAUGGGACUGGUCACUGGAGCUCCUGUCCAUUGCAGAACGAUUGGCAAGUGUCCCUGACCUCAUCAGCUUCAAUGCGGCCAUCAGUGUUCAGGAGAAAUGUAGCUGCUGGAUCUGGGCCUCAUUACUCUUGGGGACCAUGCGGUCUGAUCGUUGUGAUCCAGAUGCUGUCUCGCUUUCGUCUGCCGUAAGCGCUUUGGACCUGAGAUGCUGGCCCAAAGCUUUGUAUCUCUCCAGCCACCAGACGGAGACGGUGACACCCAAUGUUGUUGGCUGCACCGCUGCCAUGCAUGCGUGUGCUGCGUCAACCAGCUGGCAGCAUGUCCUGGGUGUGAUGGCUUUCAUGCAGAUGAUUGGGGUGAGGCAGAACUGUGUGACGUUGCAUGUCACUUGGCAAGUCUUUUCAUGCCCUGAGUGGCUCCCUUGCUGUUUGAAUCCGGCUGCCGCCCCAGCUCUCGAGCAUCGACACGGCAUGGCGGAGAGCCAUGGCUAUCUCGCAUCAACCGGGCUGCAACCAGUGAGCGCUGUGACAUCAACCUUGACACCUGCCGAAGAGAAGGAGUUUGGAGGAACGAACGGUUCUUCGGCGCCUUCGCGUGCUAAAAAGACAGGUGCCAAAGGUCCAGGAAGUGGAGAAUUCACCACAGCCAAGGAAGUGCGGGAUACCUUCGUGAAUUUCUUUAAGGGGAAGAAGCACGACUUUGUGCCAUCGUCACCGGUGGUCCCUCACAAUGAUCCAACGCUGCUGUUCAUCAAUGCAGGCAUGAAUCAGUUCAAGCCCGUCUUUGUGGGUCAGGUUGAUCCUAGUCACCCAUUUGCAAAGUUGAAGCGGGCGGCAAACUCCCAGAAAUGCAUUCGUGCGGGUGGCAAGCACAAUGACUUGGAAGAUGUGGGCAAGGACGUCUAUCACCAUACCUUCUUUGAGAUGCUGGGCAAUUGGUCCUUUGGCGAUUACUUCAAGGAGGAGGCUAUCACAUGGGCGUGGGAGUUGCUGACUGAGGUUUAUCAUUUGGAUCCUGAUCGGCUCUAUGCCACCUACUAUGGCGGUGAUCCCAAGCAGCCAAGUGUUCCCGUGGACGAGGAGGCCAAAAACAUUUGGUUGCGAUAUUUGCCGGCAUCUCGAGUUUUGCCCUUUGGCAUGAAGGACAACUUCUGGGAGAUGGGUGACACAGGGCCCUGUGGACCUUGCUCCGAGAUUCACUAUGAUCGAAUCGGAGGCAGAGAUGCAGCACACUUGGUGAACAUGGACGACCCUGAUGUGCUGGAGAUUUGGAACAAUGUCUUCAUGCAGUUUGAGAGAAAAGAGGGUGGCACUUUGAUUGAGCUUCCAGCGAAAAGUGUUGACACAGGCAUGGGCUUGGAACGAGUUACAUCUGUCCUUCUGGAUGUGCGUAGCAACUACGACACCGAUUUGUUUCAGCACAUUUUCAAGGCAAUCAAGGAGAAGACAAACACCACCAAAACGUAUGGAGGAAAGGUCGGCGAAGAGGACAAGGAUCAUGUGGAUAUGGCCUACCGGGUCAUUGCUGAUCAUAUUAGAACACUGACGAUUGCGCUCACAGAUGGUGCCACUCCCUCGAAUGAAGGCCGGGGCUACGUUUUGCGUCGAAUUCUGCGACGUGCAGUUCGUUUUGGUCGUGAGAUUCUUGAUGCGCCUCCUGGUUUCUUCCAUCAACUCGUUGACUCAGUCCUUGAGACUCUGGGAGAUGCCUUCCCUACUUUGAAGCAAAACCCGGAGGAUGUGAGGGCGAUCAUUAAAGAGGAAGAAGCCCAAUUUGGCAGGACCUUGGAUCGUGGAAUCAAGCAGUUCAAAACCUUUGCGAAGAAGGGCAACAUCACGGGAGAGGAUGCAUUCUUGCUCUUUACCACCUACGGCUUUCCUGUUGAUUUGACGCAAUUGAUGGGCGAAGAACUCAAGGUUGAGGUGGACAUGCCUGGCUUUGAAAAGAAGAUGGCAGAGUUUAGAGAAGAUUCAAAGAAGAAGAAGUCUGCUAGAACAACAAAGGAUAUGGAGCUGAAAGCAAAUGAGACAGACAAGCUUAUCAAGGGUAUGAAGCUGACUCCGACCGACGACACGAUCAAGUAUGAUUGGAACACUGAGGGCGAUGGCAACGAGCACACCGCCAAAGUCCAAGCCAUCUAUGACGGCCAGGAGUUUGUGCAGAGCUGCAACAGUGGUACCGAUGUCGUCGGGCUGGUGCUGGACAAAACUCCUCUUUAUGCAGAGCAGGGAGGUCAAACCUUUGACAAGGCCACCAUUACGUGUGGAAGUGUGGAGUUCACCGUUGACAAUGCCCAGAAAUAUGCUGGCUAUGUGUUGCACGUCGGCCAAGUGGAAAGCAAGGGGGACUUGAAAGUUGGUGACCAGGUGACCAUCAAGGUCGAUUACACUCGGCGUUCAUUGGUCGCGAAAAACCACACUGCGACCCACAUCCUGAACUAUGCACUUCGCCAAGUGCUGGGAGAAAAGGUGGAUCAGAAGGGAUCCCUGGUGACGGAGGAUAAGCUGCGAUUCGACUUCUCUCACACCAAGCCAGUUGACGUGGCCGAGUUGAGGAAGAUUGAGGAGAUUUGCAACCAGAUGAUCCAGAAGUCUUGUGUGGUGCACUUUCGAGAUGUUGCUCUUGACCGUGCAAAGGCAAUCACAGGUCUCCGAGCAGUCUUUGGCGAGACUUACCCAGAUCCUGUCCGUGUGGUGAGCGUGGGGCCAAAGAUCGACGACUUGCUCGCUGACAAGAAAACACCAUGGGGAUUGGAGAGUAGUAUUGAGUUUUGUGGUGGCACUCACGUGUCCAACAGUAAGGAAAUCUACAAGUUUGUCCUGCUUCAGGAGGAGGGUAUUGCCAAAGGUAUUCGCAGAAUAGUUGCAGUCACAGGGCCACAGGCAGCAGUCGAAGCAACGCUCAAAGCGAAGACUCUCAGUGUUGACCUGGAUGGCUUCAAAGGAAUGUCACCGGGAAAUGAGCUUGACAAGUGCAUCGGCGACCUCCGCAGAAAAGUGACAGAGGACAAAGAGGUAUCUCUCCUCAUGAAAUCCGACCUCCUCACAGAGUUGGAGGGACUGGCAAAGGGAUCAUUGAAAGCAGGGAAGGAACAGACCAAGAAGUUUGAAGGAAAGGCAAAGGAGGAUGGCGAAAAAACUUGGCGACAUGGUUGCGCUAGCAGUGUGAGAAAAGACGGGAGAUGGGAGACAUAUGCACUCCAACCAUCUGGGAGAAAAGAGGCUGCAGCUGCUUCGGGCAACAUCUUUGUUGGGGUGGUCCAAGCUGGUGCCGGCUGCGAUGACGCCAAGGUGUUGACACCGGCAAUGGACGCAGCAACAAAGCAGUGCUCUGACAAGGCUCCCUCAGCUUCGGCCAGAAAAGCAGAGGCUGAAAAGGCGCCUGCAGCAACGGGAACGCAGGUCUUGAUGGCAAAGGAGAAGGGCACGGGCAAGGAGAACAAAAAGGCGGUCCCGAAAGCCGAGCCAAAGGCAAAGGCAAAAGUGGAGGAGAUGAGCAGCAAGACAGGCGGCCCAGGCGAAAAGAAGAAAGAUGACGAGCCUAAGGGCCAGAAGGCAGAGGAUGCCCCUGCGCAGGCCUCGGAGGAUCCACAAGCAUCCGAGCAUGUCAAGAAGCCACGCGCGUACACAAACAUGGACCCUCUCGCAUGGACCGGAUUCAAGUAUCCAGGCGGGGGGAUGAUUCUGCUCACGAGCGACAUUCGGUAUAUGGUGAUGACAGAUGAAAGGGCAGGAUGGGACUUUCCAGGAGGGAAAGCAGAUGAGGCCGAAGGGCUGAACAAGAUGAUGACAUUGGAGAACGACUGCGACAAGUUUGCGGUCACAAUCUUCCGAGAGACUCUGGAAGAGACAGGCUACACGGAGGAUCAGAUCCGCAUUGUCGAGACAGGAGUCACGCUGCCGCCAAAGGACAGCCCAUCGAGCUCACCAUGGUACCCUGUCUUCAUUGGCAUUCUGAAGGAAGAUGCGCCCAAAGGAACAACAAGCUGCAAUGUGGUCCUGAAGACGAUUGAGGAUGUGGAGGCGGCCGUCAAAUCCAUCAGAGAGUCCACAUCGAGCAAGGGUGAAUCGCGUCCGCACAUGGGGUCGAUCUACAGGAAGCGCCUCUCCAAGGCGUGGCAUCUGAUCGACCGGCUUGGAGGCCUUGGAUACUUUGAAAAGCUGAGGAAGACGCUUGGGAAUCAGGCAGACGACAGCCAGGAGGGCAAGUCCACCUCAGGCAGCGACACUGAAGCUGACGAUUCGAACGGCAAGACGCUCAUCGAGAAUAUGGCUGCUCAGCUCAUGGCUCAGGUUGAAAAGUGCCCCAAUGACAGGAUGAGGCCCCCUUCAGUCUCCGAAGCCAACAGGGCGAUUCUCGUGGCGGCGGAGAAUGAGCAGGUCUACAAGCUCGUGGAGAAUGAAGAGGAGGACGAGUGGAUUGGCAUCACCUUCGAGGAGCACUGCCUGCUCUUCAAGGACAAAUAUGAGGACUAUCUCGAUUACUGGGAGAAGGCUGUGGUGAUCCUCAGAGCCCUGAUGAAUUCUGAUGAUGAUGACUCUUCUGAGCAUCAUGAGCCCAUUGUCAAGGUCGUGAGGAUCAAGGAGGAGGAUGUGUCUGCUGAACAGAGUUCGAUGAUCGGGGAAGGGCUCUCGCUGAUUGCAAGCGGCAUUGGAUGGGCGGAGGCCAAAGGAAGGAAAUGCUCGGACUCCAGCAAUUUCAAGAAGGGCAUCAGCAUGAUAGAGGCAACGUUCAGCGACCAUGUCAAGGCAAUUGCAAACAUCAGUGGGUCCAACUGGGCAUUGAAGCAGGCUGAUGCCUCUGAGGUCCUUGCAAUCCUCACGGAAGAGAUGGCAUACUUCAUCCCGGCUGGAGCUGUCAAUCUCGUGAAGCUCGCAGGAUCAAGGGACCAGACGGCAGCGUACCAGGGCUCCACCAAGGUUGCAGACAUAUACAGGAGGUUUGGGUCGAGCGCAGAGAGCAAGUGGAUCAUCCUCAAUUCCGGAAAGGACAAGGCUGUGGUCGGCUCCCUGCUGAAGCAAAUUGGGAGCAAAUCUCCAAUCGCAAUCCUCAGCACAGGAACCACAAUUGGAAACCAGAGGAUCCUCAAGUCCCUUGGCAUCCAUCGCGAACUCGCCAAGCUUGUAGCCAAGGACUAG